ACCCCGUAUCUUAUUGGUCAAUGAAAAGUACAGUGUGUACAACGUGUACGUCAGUUGAUUUCGUAAUUUCGGAAUUUUUUCUCGCGAUUUCGUGCUUGUUUAUUGACUUUCCAUGGUUCAAUUUUAUUACGCAGAACGUCAGUCAAGGGAACUAUGGCUACUUCUGGCGUGCUGUUGAAGACAACUUUGCUCAUGGAUUUCUGGCAGGUCUUAGCUGGCUAGCUGUUAUUGGCUGGAAAAGGGACUUUUGGAGUUCUAUUAUGCAGAUCUGCUGUUGUGGAAUAAUGGCGUGUGCUUUGGAUAUUGAUCAUUUUGUCCAAGCCAGAUCUUUUUCAUUAGAGGAUGCUACAUCAUUACAGCACAGAUCAUUUGCUCAUUCGAUGUGGUUCAUCAUUUUGGGAACUGCAGCUUGCUGUUGUGUUAAGAUGUUGAUUUGUCAGAAAUUGUUAUUGCUUAGUUUCCUGCCUUGGCUUUUCUUUGUCGCAACUGCAUCACAUCAUCUAAGAGAUGCAACUCGGAGAGGAUUGUGGUUUUGGCCAAUAGGAAACACUCCACCUUUACCACUUCUUAUUUAUCUACAAAUGGUUUUACUAAUUCCUUUAAUAGUCAGAUUUCUGUUGCAGUUGAGUAGGUUUUCACAUAAAGGCGUUUCUCUUUCUGAUGUAUUACUGACAUGAUGGCAUUUCUAGCCAGUAGCUAUGGUGACUCUAAAAUUGUUGUGCAAUUGUGAGCUAGUUGGUAAAUGAUGAAGGUUGAUUGUGUACUAAAAAAUU